CGGCCCCCAUUUCUCUGCCAUGCAACCCUGAUGGAUCCCAACACUUUCCCCCACCUCCAACUCUGGUGUCCUCGUCCUUUCGGUACCUACACCCAAAACAAACCAUGUCCCGUCCCCGUCCCUACCCUCAAACCAUGUCGACCCCCCGAAGACCCCCCGGAUCCCAUCGGACCCUCGGAGAACACCCCCCAUCUCUCCCCAAUGCACCGACAGAAGAAGGUCGGGUGUUAUUAGACACGUGGUACGUCAUCAAACCGGGCAACACCAAAGAGAAAGUAGCGUUUUUUGUUGCCCAUCAAUGGGGUGGAAGCUCAGGAAACAGAGCAAAUGCCAUGAAAAUAAAAGGAAAUUGGGGCAGCGAAAGUUCCAAAGCCAAAAGACGCCGGCGUUGCCACCAGCCCGGUAAAAUCCAUCAACAUGAAAUUGGUGACGGUGUUGAUAACCCGGAUCCUUUAUCCGUAGCCGAAAUGGUUGCGUUGGUUGAACAAAGGGCCGCGUUGGCUGUACAGAGUUUAAUAGAAGUAAAUGGAGAUGCCAAAACGCCGCCGGUAACGUCGGGCGGUGCCGAUUGUAACCGCGUUGCCGAAGCCGUGGCACAAUUCGAAUCGAGGCAAAGAGCCGGUGGGAGACACAACGGGUUGUGUCAACCCAAUGGGGACCCGAUGAAUAACACCACGGCUACAACCACGGCUACGGCGACGCCGGGUGAGGUCCGGAUCGCGUUCCGUAUCUCUAGUGCUAGAGAUGGACGUGCCGGCACCGGAUCCGGUGAAGGAACCAGCGCCGGCGGUCGACCCGGUUGUAUGUAUAUGGGUGGAAGCGGCGGUACCCGAUCGAAAGAUAAAAUCACUUGUGAUUUAUAUCAACUCAUCAGCCCAUCCCGCGAUCAACUACCCACCAACGUUGAGUUCUUGUUGGCCAACGCUACGCCCGACGGCGGCGCCGACUCUACCGCGUCCUGCGGCGAAGGGGAAACGGGCAGCAAUAAAACUGAUGGGGCUGAAGGGGUGGGAGGAGGGGGAGAAUCCACUACGACAAGGGACUGUGUAUCGGGGUUUCACGUCGACGUGGUCGUGACCGGAGUGGUGGAUCAAUGCGUUUUCUUUGGCAAAGACAGCGCUAAGAAGGUGAAGGAGGAGACGGUGAGGUUGGCGGCGCCGCAAGAGGAACCUCCACCUCCUGGGCAGCUGUUUCUCCUUCCUGGUGCUGAGGAUACGAAGCCAAAUGGGUCUGGGUUGGAGGUAAAGGAUGAAGCGUCGUCUACUAACACCAACGACCCGUCGUUGUGUCGUCUAUACCGACACGUGUCGCAUGAUUUCUUAGAGAUCCGCUUCAAGAUCCAGCGGCUGCUGGAACCGAGGCAAUAUAUGUUGUUAUUACCAGAACACGUGAUGGUAAAGAUCUUCAGUUACCUCCCAACUCAAACUUUGGCCGCUUUGAAAUGUUCCUGCCAUUACUUCAAAUCCAUCAUCGAAACCUUCGGGGUUCAAGCCACCGACUCGCGUUGGAACCGCGACCCCCUUUACCGAGAAGACCCCUGCAAGCAAUGCAAGAAGAAGUACGUGAAGGGGGACGUGUCGCUGUGCCGCUGGCACCCCAAACCCUACCACCACGACCUGCCUUAUGGCCGCUCCUAUUGGAUGUGUUGCCGGCGGCCGGAUAAGGAAGCGCCCGGUUGUCGUGUGGGGUUGCAUGAUAAUAACUGGGUGCACCCGGCGGCGCGGCGCGAUGAGGGAAGGUGAAGGGACGUGGUGGGAGAGGAUUUAACUACAGAUUGCAAAGGGG